GCGCAGUGUGUAUCGACGGCCUCGAGCGCCUAGGCGGGAGGUGUUUCUGUUUGAGGGAAGAGAGCUGCUGCAAGAGGAAGUAGCAACUCAUCAGGCUUCAGGAUGUCUGAAGAUGAGGAAAAGGUGAAGUUACGCAGGCUUGAGCCAGCCAUACAGAAAUUCACUAAGAUCGUGAUCCCAACAGACCUGGAGAGGCUAAGAAAACACCAGAUAAACAUUGAGAAGUAUCAACGGUGCAGAAUUUGGGACAAGUUGCAUGAAGAGCACAUCAAUGCAGGGCGCACGGUUCAGCAACUGCGCUCCAAUAUCCGAGAAAUGGAGAAGCUUUGCUUGAAAGUGCACAAGGAUGAUCUGGUCCUUUUGAAGCGAAUGAUAGAUCCUGUCAAAGAAGCAGCAGCAACAGCUACGGCAGAGUUCCUCCAGCUCCACUUGGAAUCUGUUGAAGAACUCAAGAAACAAGUCAAGGACGAAGAAGUGUUACUUCAGCCUUCUCUGACUAGAUCUACAACUGUUGAUGGAGUGCUCCACACUGGGGAGGCCGAAGCUGCUUCUCAGAGUCUGACUCAGAUAUAUGCCUUGCCUGAAAUUCCUCAAGACCAAAAUGCUGCUGAGUCCUGGGAAACCUUAGAAGCGGACUUAAUUGAGCUGAGCCAUCUGGUCACUGAUAUGUCCCUCCUAGUGAGUUCUCAGCAGGAGAAGAUUGACAGCAUUGCAGACCAUGUCAACAGUGCCGCUGUGAAUGUUGAAGAGGGAACCAAAAACUUGCAGAAGGCUGCAAAAUACAAGCUGGCAGCUCUGCCUGUGGCAGGUGCACUCAUCGGAGGAGUGGUAGGGGGUCCCAUCGGCCUCCUCGCAGGCUUCAAAGUGGCAGGAAUUGCAGCUGCACUUGGUGGUGGGGUGUUAGGCUUCACAGGUGGAAAAUUGAUACAAAGAAGGAAACAGAAAAUGAUGGAGAAGCUCACUUCCAGCUGUCCAGAUCUCCCUAGCCAAAGUGACAAAAAACGCAGUUAAAGCCCAAGCUUCCAGCUGCUGCUGUGCACCGACCUAAGGAGCAGUUGCUGUUGUUGGAAGUGUUAGGAAGUGGCUCUCCCUGUCCAUGCAGUGUUGAACCACCAUGAGUGGAUGUGUUUGUUAGCUGGGUGUUAAUGGAGAUUUUAGAGGUGGAGGAGCCUGGCCAGAGGGUAUCUGUCAGGUCAAGUUUAAAGACUGCCAAAGAGCAAAGGUUAGGCCUGGAAAUGUGAAAACAGGAUCCAUAACUAAGGAUCUAAGAUGUGUAGACAUGUAGUGGACACCUGAGGUCAGUGUAUUUGUUGAUUAUUUCUUCCUAUAGGGAGGAACAGGAUGGGAGUUCAGGAGUCUUUCUGUCAGGUAGGGAUGUUGCUGCUCAAAAGGGGGCACGGGUGAACUACUUGUGGACUUGAGGGCUGUUGUACUUAGACCCAUCUGUAUUUUCUGGGGAAGGAAAUUAACACUAUAAAAUAGAAAGAGAAGCCCAUUUUCUCUUUACAGUUUCUUCAUUGUGACACGGGUGUUUUUUCUGAAGUCUUUCCUGCCUCUCCAGAUAAGGAGUACAGAACCUCACAUGCUAGACCCACUAAACCAGCCACCAAGCCCGUUUGCAGCGGGUGAUUCUGAUAACUAUCUACUCUACUCUCCUGAAUCCUACCCAUGUUCUAAGGGUUUUUCUCGUAAUCUGCCUUUUUAUAUAGUUUUCCACUUCUAGCUACCCCUACCUGUAAUCUCUAUAAUCUCUUUAGUUGAAAAAAGAAAAUUUAAAUAUUUCCAACAUUAUUUGGGUUAAGGGGUGUGAGAGUACAAGAUCAUAUCACAGGGCACUUUAGAAGGGGCUGGCAUACCUGCUGCCUCUAGGGAUUGCCGCCUCUCAGCCUUCUUGGGCAUCCAAGAAGGAGCUUUCUACCUCACAUGUGUCACUGCUGCCCUUUCCCAGGCUGUCUCCCCUCCUGCUGCUGUCCUUGUAGUGGUCACGCUUAACCUCUCUCACAUUCUAGAUGGGAAAACUCAUGAUUCAGACCCAAGGAAAGAUCUGUGGUGCUAACCCAACAGUUGGCAUGCACAGCAGGCAUGUCCACUUCAACUCCAUGUCUCUCUCAAAAUAGAAAGGUUUAAGAUACAGAAGAAAGGAAUAGGAAGAAGUCACUGGUCCCGCAAAUCUCAUCUCUUCCUGAGAAGAAUGCACCAGCAGCCAGAGCACAGGGUCAGGGGCCGAAGGGUUACCUCUUAGCUUCUUUUAAGUGCUGAGUUGAUGUUUGGCCUCUGUGGGUUGCGACCUUUCCCUCUGUGUUAUAACUUCCUUGCUUCCCUUCAAUGCUUUGUGAGUCUUACCAGUGCAUCCCUAUGAAACAAAGAACUACACCGCAUUAAAAGAUCGGAAAGUACUGAGUAUUUACUUCUUAUCCUCUGUCUUAAGACUUUAAUAACAAACAAAAUUUGAAUAAUUUUCAGAUCCUGAAAUAUUGCCAAACACACUGGGCAUUAAGUAAUUACUUUUAUUGUCAUUCUUUGUUCUCUGGUUCUUGCUGCUCCUUUAAGAUAGCGUGUCAAACCUGAGCAGGGGGCAGACAGAACACAUCCAGAUUUUACUUCAAAUAAGAUUCCUUUUUGUUUUGUUUUAUUUUGUUUUAGUUUUCAAGAUGUUUUCUCUGUAUAGUCCUGACCUGGCAGUCCUGGAACUCUCUCUCAAGACCAGGCUGGCCUUGAACUCAGAGAUCCAUCUGUCUCUGCCUCCUGAGUGCUGGGAUUAAAGGUGUGUCGCCAUACCCAGCUAAAACAAGAUUCUUGAACUUUGGUCCCGGGGAAAUUCAGAUACAGCCAGUCCAUCCUGAUUAGCUAGUAUUGUAAGGAUAAGAAGUGUUGUUUAAUUCUUUAGUCUCCCAUGGUCUACUUCAUCUUCCUCAUUACUUAAUACUCAAUUCCAUGAAUACCCAAAGUGCCAUCAGUCAGUGCCAUAACAGCCUCAGCACAUGGAAGUCAAAGAAGCAGGGCUGAGGCUUGGAUAUGAAGCUCGCACCCUUAGGACCUCGCAUCUUCGCUGAGCCAGUGUGGGAAUGUGGGAACCGUCGGCAUGUUCAUGAACCAUCAGUAUUGGGCUUUUGACUCUAGCCACCUUAAUGCUUAAGGAAGUUACAGUCCUCUUUAAAAUUUCAUUAUACUUUAAAGUUAUUUAGAAAUUGUUUUUCAUUUCUCCACAAUAGAAUCCAAUAGCCAACUUUUUGUGGAAAUUUCUUAGAAGUGUUUAAUCAACUAUAAAUGAUAUAAAAGUACUUAAAAGUAUAAGUCAAUAUGACACAGAAGUGAUCUUAAAAUUGAAUUUAAUAUGCCCCUUAGUGUCUAGUUAAAUUUAUCAUCUCUAUGAUUUAUGUCUUAUUUUUAUUUCAACUAGUUAAAAAGAAUCAUUUUAAUGUCUAAAAUUUGUAGAGACUUCAUGUUAGUAUAGGCAGUCCUCCUAAAGACUUUUUGAUGUUAUAAUAUGAUAAUUCCUCUGAAAUUUUGAUGUAGCCCACAGUAAAAAACAUGUUAGGAUUGAACAUGUAUCCAUGAAAAAUGUUUACUAUUGUGUGCAGUACAUUCUGAUGUUCUGUUUCUUCAACAUGCUAACCCACAAAACCAGUCUCGGUCUACAAAUGGAUUACCACCCUCAGUUUUCAGAAAACACCCUUCCCUAAGGAAGAACUGGUGUUUCCCAAGCAGUUUGCCAGUUAUUUAUGGAAAGGGUAACCGGGCCUCAGAGGAAUUAAGUAAUGUGCAGUCUUUCCAUUCCAAGGGCAGGAAGCCUGGAUGGAAUGGGUGUGCUGAGCCACACUCUGCCAUGCUGUGCUGCCUCCCUGAAGCUCAGAGACUUGUAAGGCCAGCAUGCUGUCCGUUUACUUCUUUGUCUUCUGGCCUCACCGGGUGUCCACAGCCUGCUCUUAAUUGUGGCCAUGCAUAGAACACAGAGCUUAAGUAUAAAAUGAACACUGCUAUCCCACCCCACCCUCUACACAUUGGUUCAUAUCAUAGGCUAUGAUCACUGUUCAAAAUGUUUUAUAUAAUUAAAAGUAAACACUACUUUUAAACAAAUCUCUCAUAGCUUCUAGAAUCAAUUAAUCAUUACGCUUUAAAUGAUGCCCCCGGGAAGCCAGGCACAAACGGUGGGGGGCAGGCAAUAGCCUAUUUCUGAACAUCUGCUUUUGGAUUGCCAUCAAAAACAAAAUUGCAUGUUAAAUAAGAAAAGCCACAUCCACUGUGUUGGCCUCAGACUGGUUUCCCAUACCUUGUGAGCCAAUUCUCUUCCCAUCUCAGUUCUGUGUCUUCUGUUGGCUUACCUCCUACCUCACACACAGGAGCCUAGAAAGGAGGCAUACUGAAGCUGCCUAGAACUGGCCAGACCUCUGGAGCACGGACUGGGGUUUACCUGAAACUCCUACCUAGCCACAGCUGUCCUGCCUGUCCACCUUCCAUGUUCAUGUCUUCUGCAGAGUGAGGACUGGAAGCUGCUAACACCUACUGAUAACAAGAAGUUUGGAAACACAACUACAAAUCUCUAGCACACAGUAUUUCCUUCCAGUAAUAGUCCAGAAGCCAAUCGUUUUGAGUUGUUAGAAAACAAAGGCAUUUCUCAGGAAUGCCUCAGAAGCCCUUCACUGAUCACAUGGCCUCUGGAGAGAGGAGUGAAAGCAUGGAGCAAGACCCUCCUGGGCAAGCCACACCUUACCAUCCUAGAGAAGAAUGCCACUGUUGCUCUCAGGUGCUUACACAAGUCUGGUGACAUCCCCAAAGUCGCCUGAGGCCUAGCAAGUGCUUCCCAUCUGGCUUCAGAUUCCGUUUGUAUGUGGAGUUGUGUUGUUUCUGUUUUCUGAAAUCAGGUUUUACUGGAAGCCCAGGCUCGUUUUGAACUUGCAAUCUUCCUGCUGGGAUUCCGCACAUCGAGCUCUGUUUUAUAACUGCUAUUAACACGUAUUCCUAAUGAGUGGUUCUGUUUGUAUUCACCAGUUGGCACCAUUUCGCAUAAGAACUUGAGUGUUAAUAAUAAUAAAAGAACUAUGUAUCUACAUUGCUACCUUCAAAGAUACUAACUUGUGACAAAAAAAAUAUUUGUGCAAUAUUAACCCAACAAAUAUAUUGGAAUAAAAACAAAAAAGUGUCAAAGGCAAAUGGUUUGCCCAAGAUCACAAAGCUACUUUGUAUGUGAUCUAAGAGAAUGAUUUGGGGUGUGAGGGGGAUCCUCCAUGCCUCUUUAUUAAGGUUUUGUUAGGCCAUGUCAAGUUGCCUGAUGAAGCUUGCAGUCUCUCAGCCCAACUUCAACUGUCUAAAUCAGGCAAAAUGGAAAGAAAUGUAUAAAUUCAUCUAAAAGAAAAAAUUAGAUGCAGUUUCUUAGCUUUCCAAGCAGUGCCAGUGCCUUUGCAGCCAAAGCACGAGGAUCCCUUCAACAGCAAGUGAAAGUUUAUGGGCUCCUGUGAACACUCUUGCUUGAGCAGGACACACAAUAGUUUGCUUUUUGCAUACACAUCUCAAACAUUUGAGAUACUCCUCGUAGUGUUAAUUACUGAGUUGUGUUACUGAGUUUCAUCAUCUAAACCCCUAAAAGGAGUUUUCCACAUUAUUGUUGAACCCUAGGUGUGGCAAGGUAAGGACAAGGAAAGGUUAAACGGUGAGGUCUGCAAAACUCAAUCCUUUCUGCAUUUGUUUGCUAUUGUGUUGCUGAGUGGUGCUUGAAUAAGGAAAUAUGCAAUAAAAUUCACCCAUUUGACAAA